GUUUGUUUAUUUGGACGCAGGGAAAGCGAAUUUCCUCUGGACUUUUUCCCCUCCAUCAGCACGACGAGGGGAAAUUUGGCCAUCAGCGAUAAAAGGCACCCAAAAUAACAGGAUCUUCGUUAAGCGUGGAAGGUACUGACAAGAUGAAGUGGUUUGCUUUCAGCAUCAUCUGUGCAGUUUUCCAAAUCAGUUACCAGAAUCCAAAGCACUGGACUCUGUUGCCCAACAUUCUGGUUUUGGAGGUGGAUGGCACUUUGGCUGAGCAGAACCUGUUGUGUAUGGAGUCGCCAGAGGAGCUCAUUGGGAGUGCCAACCAGAGCCAAGAAAUCUUUUGGAAGAAGAAUGGAAUAGAUCAAGCUCAGAGGGGAAACUCAUAUCGAGUGCAGCUAGAGGAAAGCUUAGGGGGGGGCAACUACACCUGCCACAGUGAGGAUGGAUCUCUUCUCAAUCAUACUAUUGUUCUCAUCAAAGAAGAUAAGAGCAAAAGGCGGAAGAUACUAGUGAAAACUGACGAAGAUUAUCUCAAGUGCACGGCUCAAAAUUACAGCGGCGAGUUCUACUGCUCCUGGACCUGGCACAGCAGCCGCAGUGGCAGAGUAGCAUUUAUCAAAGCUCAUCGUGUUCCUGACAGCAACGCAAAGUGCUCUGUCGAUACCAGCGGCCAGUGGACGUGCUCCUCAGGUUACGGCAACUUCAGCUGUACCUUGAGCGACAACAGGAUCUCCUGCCUGGACAAACAGCAUUGCCCUUACGCCGAGGAGAGCAAGCAGAUCUGCGUCACUGUGUUCGUGUUGAGCCAGCACUUUCUGUUGGAGGAAUAUUUUCAGCGCUUUUACUUGUCAGAGAUUGUGAAACCUGACAAGGUGGAGAUUGCUCAAGUCAACACCACAGUGAUACAGUGGAGUUACCCGAGCUCCUGGAGCAGCCCCUACUCCUACUUCCCUCUCACCUUCCAGAUUGCACAGCUCAAGGAUGGUUGUGAGAGCUGUGACAACCCUUGCAACAACUAUCAAGCUUUGACACUCCACUCUACAGACACUUUUCAGUUCAAAGUGAAGCAAAGGGCUAAGGCUGUGUGCGUCAGAGCAAAAGAUGCUUUCUCUUUCUCACAAUGGAGCGAGUGGAGCCAUAAAAGGCUGAGGAACCACAGGAAGAAGAGGAACAAGCACCUGAACAAACGAAUAUAAAAGAGGAGAAUCGUGGCGCUUUAUAUAUUUAUUUUACAGAAUAAUUUUUUUUAUUUAUUUUUUUUUUUUUUGUAAUUUCUAAUUGUGCAAGUAAAUAAAGUUGAGUUUUGCUAAG